AUGUCGUUUAGACAAAUCGCUGGCAGGCGGUUUCUAGAUGCAGACAGAGAAUCUGCAAGUGAAACGGAUCAUAAGCAAUUCACUGCAUAAACUGAUGAAAAUUGUUAAAAUGAACCAGCAGAUAAAAUCCCGAUCGCCACUUAGCCGAGAAAACUCAUGUAAGUGCCUUGCUCUAAAAAAUAUGGAUAUGGUGAUGCCCAUAAGAAAAAAUUAUAACAUAAAUAACCAAUAAAGUUCGAAAAAUGCGAGUCACAAUGACGUCUUUGCAGUUGAAUUCAUUACAUUGUAUUUCAGGUAUUUUUAUCUGUCUUGUCUUGAUAACACAGCCCAAGAAAUAAUCGCCAAGUCUGUGCUUGCUCCAGAAAACUUUGCCUGAAUUAUUUCCAGUUAAAGACAUAAAAUUUGUUAAAGUUGUUGUUAACGUUUGUGAUAUCAUCUUUUCCACAGUGAUGAGUCUCAAAUGUAAUGUAUGCAGCAGCGCAGAGUCUUGGGAUAAGUGUUCAAACACGGAAAUGACUUGUCCUUCAGGUAUUGAGGAACGCUGCGUAAAGGUUGAAUUCAAAUAUGGCGAAACAAAAUCCUUUACCAGGACUUGUGGAACUAAAGAUUACUGCGACAAGGGCAAGAACCCAACAUGCAAUUUAGUAGAAAGUGUGUCAGGGGUUGAAUGCAACGUCAACUGUUGCGAAGGAGAUCUUUGCAACGCUGGUUCGGCAGCCAAGACCAGCGGCAUCAUGCUGUUAUCAUGCGCUCUGGCCGUUCUGAUGUUCAAAGGAGCAUGAGCAGAAGUAGCGAUUCGAUUUCCCG